UGCUUCCCUUGUGAGGAAGUGCCGGAUUCUGCGGAUGGUGCCCUGUCCCUACGGUUAAAGAGGAUGUCACCCAGUACCGUCAGGCGUGUCCAGAGGAAUCUACCGAGGAACAACUUUCACAAGGGGCCAAGACUCUUUAUUUAUUUUGGGUUGGGAGCUACGCAACCUGUAUCCUUUCUGUUAGGCAACACAUUCCACAUCCCACGUUAAGUUAAAUAUUUGUUGAAGCUGUUUGGAACACAUACAUUUCUUGUUCUACUGUGCAUGAAAAGAAAAGCUGCAACAGCCUUGAACACGGCACAUCGACCUACUGUAGUCAGGUGAACAGUCUUGUGUUAUUGUGUUUGUUUUGAGUAACGAUGGAGAGAGAGCAAUGGACGCACAAGCGCGAGUUUAUUCUGGCUAUGGCCGGGAACAUAGUUGGUCUGGGCAACAUCUGGAGAUUCCCCUAUCUGUGCUACAAGAACGGUGGAGGUGUGUUCUUGCUGCCUUACUGUGUGUUAGCUCUUCUGUCUGGUGUUCCCCUUUUCUUGAUGGAGAACGCGCUGGGCCAGUUCACCCAGGAGGGAACCAUCACCUGCUGGAAGAAGCUAUGUCCGCUGGUAGAGGGUGUUGGCUAUGCCAUUAUUGUGAUCCAGGUUUUUGCAACAAUAUAUCUGGUUAUAUUGGCCUAUUCGCUCUUCUACCUGCUCUCCUCCUUUGCCUCCGUGCUGCCAUGGACCACUUGCAGCAACGACUGGAACACAGACGCUUGUGUGGAGCUGACUGCUCCGAACAUGACCAGCCAACACUACGCUGAAUUGGGUGGCAACUGGACAUCUAAAGCGCCGAUCAGUUCUGCAGUGAUGGAGUUCUGGGAGAGGCGUGUGCUCUCCAUGUCCGGGGGGAUCGAGGAGUUGGGGGCCGUCCAAUGGGAGCUGUGCGCCUGUCUCCUGGCCUGCUGGUUGGCCUGCUACUUCUGCAUAUGGAAGGGAGUCAAGUCCACUGGAAAGGUUGUGUAUGUCACGGCGGUGUUCCCCUACGUGAUGCUGGCCAUCCUGCUGGUCCGGGGCUUGACUCUACCCGGAGCUUGGCAGGGGGUGGUCUACUACCUGAGGCCAGACUUCACCCGCCUCACACACCUGCAGGUGUGGAUCGAGGCUGGAGGCCAGGUGUUCUACUCCUACGGUGUGGCUGCAGGCACCAUCAACACCCUGGGGAGCUACAACAAGAAGAAUAACAACUGUUACAAGGACAGUCUUUGGCUCUGUGCUCUGAACAGCGCCACCAGUUUCGUUGCUGGGUUUGCCGUCUUCUCUAUCCUGGGAUUCAUGGCACAUCAACAGGGUGUCACCAUGGACAAUGUGGUGGAAUCUGGCCCUGGUUUAGCGUUCAUAGCGUUUCCCCAAGCUGUGGCUAUGAUGCCUGUUCCUCAGUUGUGGGCGGUCUGCUUCUUCAUCAUGCUCAUCAUGCUGGGCCUGGACUCACUGUUUGGUGGGCUGGAGACCAUUGCGUCCAGCGUCAUUGACCUGUUCCCCGGGCAGAUGAGGCAGCCGUGGCGCAGGGAAAUGUUCCUCGCCGUUUUCUGUCUCGUCUCCUUCCUCCUGCAGAUCUUGCUCGUCACAGAGGGAGGAAUCUAUGUGUUCCAGCUUCUGGACUACUAUGGCUGCAACGGAGCAUGUCUGCUCUGCGUGGCCCUGGCUGAGUGUGUCGCUGUUGGCUGGGCCUUCGGCGCUGACAGAAUGUGUGACGCCAUCAAAGACAUGAGUGGACAGAGGCCUUGCCUUCUCUUCAAAUUCUGCUGGCGCUACAUCACCCCCCUGCUCUGCCUGGCUAGCUUCAUUCACUAUGCUGUGCAGAACGAACCGCUGACGUCGAACCGGGGCCACCAGUUCCCCGGCUGGUCCUAUGGUCUGGGAUGGGUCAUGGCUUUUUCCUCGGUCCUCAUGAUGCCUGUUUGGGCGAUACUGAAUAUAUGUCGCACAAAGGGUAGCCUGCGCGAGCGCCUGUGUAUCCUCUGUCGGCCUGUAGAGGGCGCCACAGGCAUCACACCGCAGGAUUAUUCAGCAGGCCUUCCAUUCCAAACCGAGAUGAAGUCAUAAGUUCACCCCCAUUUUUUAUGCAUAGCAAUAAGAUCAUUGUUAUAAUAAGACCAUGUUCAUCAUUUAUGAAAAUAUGUAAAUGAAACACAUUUUCCCAUUUAGAAAUUAAUAAUAAUAUUUUUUAAUGAAAAUAACUAUUCAUGGCACAGUUACAUCACUGAAAUCUUCCUCAAUUCUAAGUAUUGUAGUUAAAAUCUACUAAAGUACAAGUACAAAGUACUCUUUUUAAAACCUACUCGGAGUACUAGUUACAAGUUACUUUUUCACUGGUCAUAUUUAAUGCCUCAGAAGUUUUCAACUGCAAGGGGAGAUCCUGGCUGUCUCCCAAUGUGAAGGCUGCAGCCUUGCUAGGACGCGUCCUUGCUAGUCGCGUCCUAUGGAGAUGAGACUAGAGUGCUAGCUCGAGUGCUUCCUAGCGUUUGUAACGUUCUGACUUUGGAACGACUUGCUAGUGUG